AUGAAUAAGUUUCGUACUGCCAAGUGGCUAAUGAAGCAUGGUUCCCAGCCACAGGUGUACUUGUUUCGUCACUUGGAGAAAGGGUCUGUAGUUUACUCACAGUUCCCGCGAGUGACGAAGCAGUCCCUUGAGAAGGGGUACCCAAGGCCGUGUUGGGAUAAUAAGAAGCCCGAAGGUAGGAGAGACCUUUGGAAGUUGAUGUGUUUGGUUAGGACAGGUAGUCAUGAGAGUGCGGUCCAGUUGUACCAAAAUCUGAACAGAUUGAGGUACAUGAGGGAUGUGCUUUACCCUAGCCAAGCGCAGAAGUGGAGAAAGCUCAAUGAGGAUAAGAGAAUCUGGUACUCUGGGCAAUUCCGACCAGUGUACGGACAAGAGGCAGUGGCAGAUUUAAGAGAAUCCCUGCUGAAACUAAACUUGGGGGACUCCCAAGGAUCCGAGCCUCCCAACAUUGGUCCCGUAACGAUAUUCUGGGAAGAUCUGUGGCGGAUGGGUAACAAGGACACGCAUUGGCAGGAAAAGGACUUCCCAUUCCCUAUACAACACGAACAAAUACCUCGCGAGGGGAACGUUGUCCGGGAGGAGAGUGCUUUGAUAAAAGAGCUCAGCAAUCAAGUAUAA